UGUGUCUGUGUCUUUAUGUAUGUGUGAGGCAUAUCUACAUGGAAGCAUGACCACUGUUCAGCCACUGCCCCCUAAUCAUGAAUGGGCCGAUGACGACAUUUCACACUAAGGGAAUGUUCUCCAUCCUGGAGUCUCCAUCAGUUCAUCUGAAGCGUGAACACCAGCAUUAUUAAACACUAAUUUGCUGACGUCAGCGGCUCCUCAGACUCCUCUGACAACAGCUCCUUCUCACAAGCGUGAUUUGUUUUUUAAUUAAUCGGCAGAUUUCCAGAUCAGGAGUUGAGGGGGAAGGGGAGAGACUACAGAACGCAUUCUAAUCUAAUAAAGUGUAUCUAAUCUACCCCUCUUUUCUGUCUUUCUAUCUCUCUCUCUCUUUCUCUCUCUUUCUCUUUGCAUUUAUGUUUGCGGUCUGGAUUCAAUCCAGUCCAGCUCUGCCCUCAGCUGUCACUAUCUAAAUCCCUGAACUCCCACUGAACAUUUGGUUGCCUAAACAGACUGGGGGUAAAACUGCCCGGAUUGGCCCAGGUUAGGCGAGGUGAGAGAGAAAUGAGAUGGAGCAGGCCGACGGCGGCUACGUGCUGAGCAUCCCGGUUCCCCCCAUGCGCCGCGGCGGCUCCGACACGCACCUGGAGCUGGAGCGCAGCGCCUCGUCGGCCUCGUCCUACGCCGAGCUCUUCCCCGACUUCCGCCGCAGCCGCGCCAGCCUCAGCGGCCUGCAGCAGAAGGCGCUCAAGGUGACCGAGCAGCUGAAGAUCGAGCAGACAGCGCGCGACGCCAACGUGGCCGAGUACCUGAAGCUGGUCAACAGCGCCGACAAGCAGCAGGUGGCGCGCAUCCGCCAGGUGUUCGAGAAGAAGCACCAGAAGUCCACGCAGACCAUCGCCAACCUGCAGCGUAAGCUGGAGCAGUACCACCGCCGCAUGAAGGACUGCGAGGGGGGCAGCAGCGGCGGCCACAACACCUCCAACUCCUCGCCGUCCCCCCUCCGGCGAAACACGUCCGGCGUGUCCAACGCGUCCAGCAACGCCUCGCCGUCCAACGCGGUCAAGGACGACUCGCCCGGCAGCAAGCGCGAUCAGCAGCAGCAGCAGCAGCUGCGGGACAUGACGUCGGGCAGCGGGCGCCACCCGACGCUGGACAAGAUCCGCACCAUCGGGCCCGGCGUCUCGCUCUCGCCGCCCUUCUUCUUCAGCAAGCCGCGCGAGUUCGCCAACCUCAUCCGCAACAAGUUCGGCAGCGCCGACAACAUCGCCCACCUCAAGACCUCGCUGGACGUGCCCUCGGGCUUCCAGCAGGAGGGCGGCGAGGCCAGCCGGGCGCUCAGCAGCAGCGCCAACAUGGUGGACAAGCCCAAGUACCCCAGCGACGACGAGGAGUGCUCCACGGGCACCUCCGUGUCGGCCGACAGCAACGGGAACCCCCUCUCGGGGCCGGCCGACGGCCAGGAGCGCGUCGACCUCCUGCUGGAGGAGAUGCGGGAGAUCCGCGAGUCGCAGUCCAGCCUCGCCGAUGACAUGGAGGCCCUGAAGGACCAAUUCAAGAGCGACUAUGUUUUGCUCACACAGACGCUGCAGGAGGAGAAAUACAGAUAUGAGAGACUGGAGGAUCAACUGAACGACCUUACAGAGCUCCACCAGCAUGAGAUGGCCAAUCUGAAGCAGGUUCUGGCCAGCAUAGAGGAGAAGGUGGCCUACCAGGCAAAUGAGCGAGCCAGAGACCUCACGGAGGCGCUGGAGUCGUGCCAGACGCGCGUGUUCAAGCUGGAGCUCCAGCAGCAGCAGCAGCAGACGGUCCAGUGGGAGAGCGGCGGGGACGCGCGCGUGCUCCUGGGCCGCUGCAUCAACAUCCUGCUGGCGCUGGCCACCGUGGUGCUGGUGUGCGUCUCCACGGCGGCCAAGUUCACGGCGCCCAUGCUGCGCAGCCGGCUGCACGUGCUGGGCACCUCGCUCGGCCUGCUGCUGCUGGCCUUCUGCUGGAAGCACUGGGAGCAGCUGCAGUGCGCCGUGGAGCGCCUCCUGGUGCCCACCUGAGAGCACUGCGCUCUGCGGGGGGGCGGGGGGGCAGGGGGGAGGAAAAAGAAACGGUUGCACUCUGUUGGUCUUAUUAAGGAUUAUGGGGAUAGAUGGCGGCAUGAUGAAGGCAACAGCAAGCAGCGGUAUCGCCACCACUAAAGAAGAAAUGCCUCCUGUCCAGUCCAGAGAGUGCAGAAGGACAUCUGACCAGUGACUUGGACUGGACUGGGAGGAGGGUACACUUCCAGAACGCUCUUGUUGAAAGGGUUUUUAUGACACUGGCAUGAAUAAUGUGAUAGAGCUUUCUCUAUUUCUCUCUAACUCUUUUCUAUCCUGCUAACACUCACCGUUCUUAUCCUCUCUGUCUCCUCAUCUAUGUUCUCUCCUCUCUACUUUUGCCAGGAGUUGAGAUGUGUUAUUUUCUAGGGCAAGAUCGGAAGUGUCAGUAUGCAUCUGCGUUGACUGGACCAGUUGAGAAACGUGCAAUAUCGAUUACCUUUUUUUUAGACUUCUUUUUUAACUAACAUUAUGAUGGAAUUAUAUGCAUGUCUUUUUUUAAACUAUGUUUUAAAAAUCAAACAGUCAUGGAAACUACAUGGCAAAGAGACAGCCCCGAAGGGUUAGGUGGAUUUCCAGUCUGUUUGAAUGUUACUUAACAGGGGGGCUAACAUUAGCCUCAGGUGGUGCUGUGAAGAUCUCUUCUGUCCUUAUAUGGACACCUACUGGACUCAAACCUACAUUGCACGCAGUGGUGCGUCACAAGCUCACCCCACUAGGACGAAGAGAGAAAAGUACGCUUCAAAGCAAAGACAGUUUUUAAUACACUUCAAAGAAAAUACACUUCAAAGAUACUUUGUUUACUCUGGUCAACUCAUUAAACAACCUCUCCAGAGUAGACCAGCAGAAGUGUUUUAAGAUUUCGGAGCACCAGUAAACUGACCUUACGCACUGAAGCGGAGCUGUAACUUGUCACUACUGGUCAGGUGAAUGGCCUGACGUCUGUGAGAUGGAGAGCGGGCUUCCUGUGGAAACGUUUACUAUUACGACUGUGAUACAUUACCUCUGGACUGUUCAGGCCUGUGGAGUAUUUUUAUACAUCUCUGUGGAAAUUCAGAAUUAAAUAUAAGCCUAAUUUUUAAGCAAA